GCUGGAGGACGGAGGAGGCGGAGCUCUGCAGCUCGGCCCCAGGUACCGCGCCGCGUCCCGGGCUGGGCGAGGGGCGGCGGGUAGCGGAGUGGGCCUUCGCCGCCAGGUCUGCGGUUGCCACGGCAACCGUCCCCCCCCCCCAGCCGCCGGGCGCCGUGGGCGCGCUGCCCCGCCGCACCUCCGGCGCCGCCAUUGGCCUGCGGACAGUCGCGCCCCGCCGGCGGCGCACUCGGCCGGCCCGCUGCCCCCGCGGGGCUCCGCCGCCAUUGGCCGGCAGGAAGCGCUCGCCACCGCCAUUGGCUGGAGCGUGCUGCCAAUCGGGGCGGCGCCUGAGUGCCGCCUUCGGAACGUGUGCUGAGGGGGCGGGAGGGGGCAGCGGCUGCAGCGAGCGUGGCCAUCUUGGGUGUGGGCGGGCGCGCGGGGUCCGGAGGGCAGAGCGGGCGGCUCCUAAGGGGGGGCUCAGGCGAGGCAGGGUCUGGCCGUGACCCUUCACCCCGCUUUGAGCUCUACGCAGACCUCCCUCGUUGCUCUUCAUAAACCCCUUGCCCGGGGUCUCUUUAGUGCGGGUGGUGGAUGAGGACGGGUCCGGCUGAGGUUAGGGAGCUGGUAGCAGGCCUGCAGUUCAUCUGUACAGCCCCACGGCUUUCCCUGGAGAGCCGUGUGUAGCCGUGACACGUCCACAGCGGUGCGGGCUGUGGAGGGGCCGUGUGUGACCAGCAGGCUGCCUCGGCGCUGAGGCAGGGUGAGCCCUGACUUGUAGGGCUCACGGAGUUUACCUUUUGGGUGUGAAGUAUUCUGGGGACAUGGCACUCCUUUGUGUUUUCUGUGGAGCGAAUCGGUCGUACUUAAGCUCAGAAAAUCCUGUGGGAGCUUCAGUGUUUCUGAAUGUGAAGUGCUGACAGGGUUUUCUGUAAACCUAACCCUGUGGCUCUGAAACUGCUUUGUGCUUCAUCAGCCUAAGUAAUGAGGGCUGUGUGUUGUACCAGAAAACCCCUUUAAAAGAGCUUAUGGUGUAACCGGGCUGUUGGUAUGGCACACACUUUAAUUUAAUGACAUUUCACGUGGGCCUCAAGUUCUAUGCUGUUAAGGAUCAGGCUAUUUCCUGAAGUUGAGAGCUGUCUACUGAUCAGAAUGCAAGGGUACCUGCUAGUAAAAAACAAUCCUUUCGGCCUUUGCUACCAGUCUGGCUAUUGCAUGGUGUAAAACUGCAGGAAGUGAUGUUUAACAGUUGCAGAACAGCUGCAAUUAUGGUGAAAUUUGAAUUAUUUCUUAAGUAGCACUGUUUGGUGUGUUUUACUUGGCUGAAUCACUUCUUGGUACAAAAUGAGCUAGGAACAAGCUUGGUUGUUGAGAACAUAACUUGUCUGUUCACAAAGGAAAAAUUGGGCAGAUGCUUUUGUUGGCAUGAUUAACUUUGAUCUUGAAAUAGUACAUAUUUAUCCUUCUAGGACUUGCUUUUUGUUGCCUUUAUGGAAGGCAUGAAGAUGCAAGCAUACUUAGUGAUUUUCGAAUUGAAAACAAUGGGGAGGAAAGAUGCCUCUACAGCAAGAACUCCCGUUGACCAAUACAGGAAACAAAUAGGAAAGCAAGAUUAUAAGAAAACCAGACCUAUGUUAAGAGCAACAAGAUUAAAAGCAGAGGCCAAGAAAACUGCAAUAGGCGUGAAGGAAGUUGCUCUUGUCCUCGCAGCUAUAUUGGUACUUUUGUUGGCUUUCUAUGCGUUCUUUUAUCUUAACAUUUCCAAUGAAGUUGACCUUGAUCUGGAUCCAGAUGAAAACUAGCAGAUGCAAUGAAUCUAUCAAGAUUUCUUCGGCUUGAACAAGACUACGUAGGAACACACAGUCCCUUCACUGUGAGACAGUAAACAAUGCCAUUUCUUGCAGUCCAAAUUUGUAAGUUUUGCAAUACAUCACUUCUACAUUCCAGAUCUCCAAAAGAAAGGAAGAACACUCAUGCCCUGCAAGCAUAUUUGGUUAACGCCAAAGCCAGAAGCUGCAGUACAGUACGGGAAGUUUAUUGUUUACAUUAUAUUUUCUCAGGCAGAGAACUUUGAUGUCAAAAGACAGGUGCUAUUAUUAUCUUGGGUAUUGAUGCUGACUUCACAGGAGAAGAAUCUGCCUUGACUAAAUUUAGGAAUCAAAGCUUCCUAAUAGCUGAAUUAGGUUCUUUUUCUUUUCCCAAAAGAAAGUGGAAAUACCAUACAAAAAAAAAAAAUCUUUUAUUGAUUUGUAUUUAAAGUAUAUCAAACCCCCGACUUUCUAUCUCUCCCUUUUUAUCUUUCCUUUAAACGUGUAUGCACAAAUGCACUCACGAAGAUGGAAGAAAUUGUAGGAAAAAAUUAUCUUUUUAGAAGCAGUCUGUCACCUCCUAUAUGGACUUAAUUUUUAUGUCAUCCCAGAUUCUGUGUGCCCAUAUAUCUACAGUAAUCUUUUUCAUUCUUUUGCCAACUGUUCAGCACACAUGUGUUCUGUCAGAAAUGGCACCUGGAUGACAGAAGCUCUAACAUUCGCAUAUGCCUCUGAAACACAGUUCUUUGCCUCCUGUGCUGUCUGAACUAGUGUAAAUAGGAAGUUCAAUCGAUGUUGGGUUUAAUUAGUGUAUUGCUCUAUUAUUAAUAUAAAGUCAAAGUUGUAUUUUAAUUAUGCUCUUCCUGCUGGUUGUGAUAUCAACUUGUUCUACCUGUUAGGAGGGUAUUGUAAAAAAUAUAUAUAUUUCCAGUUUUAAAAUCAUUUUUAUCAUCAAACUAAUGCAUCAAGUUGGGAGUAUUAAGAAUCCUUUCAUGUAUACUUCUUGUAAGUGGGAAAAUCUUGGCUCCAUGUCAUCCUUUAGUUCUUGCAAAGUACCUUUUGGAAUAUGCAGUGUGGAUAACAUUUCUGAUGCCUUUGAUAACCACAAGCAACUUGAAGAAGUCGGUAUGUCAAAGCAGCUGCAGGGAGCUGUAAAAUUCUGGCUUUACCCUGUUCUGCUUCAGCUUUGGCAUAUUACCGAGCUUGUGGUUGUAAAGGAUUUCUUUUGAUCCUUCAAAAACGCGGUCAGUCUUUCUCUAGUUUGGUUUAUUUUUGAAAUCAAGAAAAGCAUGGACCCAUUGCUGCCAAAUGCGUAAGGGAGCUAGGCAGUUUGACUUCCAGGCAAGUUGCCAUAAUUUUGAAAUUUUAUUAGCAACCCAGCUUGUCUUAAUCUUAGGUACCCAUUUCAGUUUUAGUUGCAACUGUGGCAUUUACUGACUUGUUCUGGAAAUGCCUCACUGAGAUUCCAUAUAGUGAUUCUGAAGACAAGGGCAUACCAAACUCUAGCAACUACUACAAUGGAAAAUGUAUUUAUUUUAAAUUGACGCAGUCCCAUUAUCACCACUUAAGGAACUUAGAUCAAUACAGUUAGUUUUUAAACCAUACGCUAUCUAUGACCAUAUAUGCUAUGAGUCUCUAAGGAUACACUUCUCUGUCAUACUCCUCAUUCACUUUAUGCAGUGCAAAACAGUUCCUCUAGAAAUAUAGAGUACACCAUCUUCCAAGAAGAAUAUGAAAGAGAAAUGUAUACAUGCAGAUAUUUCUCAUUUUCUAAUUAUGACUGUUAAGACUGUUAUGUGCCUGAUAGUCUGCUAAUGCUCCUAUAGAUGACCAAAUGCUUACUUACAUGCUGCAUUUAUGGCAAAGCAUUUUCUGACACAUGGCCCGCUUUUCAGUGGAGAGAAAAGCUCAUCACAAACUGUCUUCUUGGAUGUGACAUGCUGUUUGUUUCACCAAUGGCACACCACAUGUCACAGAAGCUACAGACCUCUCCUUUUACUCUGCAUGAGCAAUUUUCCUGCUCCAUAAAAUACUGGAAAGAUUGCUAUGUUAAUGUUUGUGUGUAGCUCCCUGGGUGAUACGUGGUCUGAGAAUGAUGUGUGGUUAUCACCAUCACACAGGUUGUCUUGUAACUUGCUUUCUGAAUCAGUCACAUUAAAAAGCAUGCUAUUCCUACUGUCAAAUUUAUGAACAUGGUGUUCUUAGAAGAUCUAAUUUCCCAUAAUUAUGACUCAUAGACAAAAUCCAGUGUGCGUAUGUGUGUGACUGAAGCAGCUUUCCUGAUUUGCGGCGUAUUGACCCACAUUGCCCACAAGUGCCAUAGUUUGCAGCUUGUCUGUUGGCUUCAUUUCAGUUAGACCUUUUCAUUUACAUGAAAGAUACUUAUAAUGAGAAAUUCUUCUGUUGCUUAGAUAAACUGGGUAAACUUAUGUUCAGUGUACAUAGAAAUACCUGGUAAAUAUUGCAGCAAAUAUAAUACUCUCUUAUCAGUACAAUAAUUUAUAAUGGGACCACAUCAAUAUUUUUUUAAAUGUAAAAGCCUCUACCUCUCAUCAAAUUCCUCAUCCUUGGUGUUCCAAAAGGCAAAGACACAACAAUAUUAGCAUUGAGGUUAGAUUGUGCGCUUUCUCAUUCAUGAGUAUCCUGAGUUCACUGAAAUGACAUCCGAUUCAUUCCAAGGGGAUCAUAACCCAGCCUGAAGUUAUUUCAGUUUUCUAGAGCACCAUAGUGGCCAUACCUGUAGGUAUGUCUUGCAAAUAUGUGGUUUAUUUUACCUUGCUUGUAUCUCAGACUGAAUUAUGCCUCCUCAUUUUUUGGGGUCAUCUAUCUUUGUAUGAGUUGCUUAGUGCUUGUUUUAAUAAUAAAUGGAUUUUUACUCUC